AUCUGUUCAUUUAUUGUGAAUAGGCUUUCCUUUAUUUGUUUACCGGCAAAAUUUAUCUGACUUUCAGCUUUCGGCUAAUGACUCAUUAAAAACAACAAAUUUCAAAUUUAUCUAAAUCCCAACUUGUAAGUUGCGACAAAAAUUGCAACUUUCAAUAUAAAUAAACUACGUAAUUCCAUUUAAAUUGCAUUUAUUUGUGUGAAUUUCCCAAACAAAUGAUAAAAUGUCAACAAUCAAAUUAUUACAAAUCCAGGGAAUUCGUAGUUUUGGCACCAAAGCCGAAGAUGUUCAGCAAAUCAAAUUCUCUUCCCCGGUUACACUGAUUCUGGGUGAGAAUGGUUGCGGGAAGACAACAAUCAUUGAAUGUCUGAAAUACGCUUUGACCGGUGAAGCUCCACCGGGCAGCAGUCGCGGCCAGCACUUUGUCCAUGAUCCCACAAUUUUUGAUUUCUCUGAAAGUUUAGCCAAAAUUGUCUUAGAAGUCCAAAAUAUCCGUGGUGAGCAACAGUCUGUGACUCGUGCCAUGAAGUUAUUCCACAAACGCGGUAAACUCUCCUUCGAGACGUUAGAUGGAACCAUUAGUUUUGGAGAUGGAUCCAUAAGCAGGAGAUGCAUCGAUGUCGACAUUGCCAUGUGCAAUUUUAUGGGUGUCUCGAAGGCAAUCAUCAAUAAUGUGAUAUUCUGCCAUCAAGAGGAGUCUAGUUGGCCUCUGGACGAAGCCAAGAAACUCAAGGAGAAGUUCGAUGCCAUAUUCGGGAUCACAGAGUACAACAAGGCAAUUGAGAAGUACAUGAAAAUGCGAAAAGAACAAAUGGUUGAACUUAAAGUUAAGGAAACCAACUUAAAGUACCUAAGUCAUUUGAAACAGCAAUUGGAAGAUAAAAAUCUCGAUCUUAAGAAUGCUCAUGACAAAUUCGCUGCCAUCCAAGCCAAUUGCACAAAGUUCGACGAGGAAAUGAAACCCAUAGACGAACGAUUGCUGGAAAUCAGGAAAGUCGAAUACGAAAUUGGCAAACAACAAGCUUUAAAAGUCGAGUUAGAAACCAAACAGAAAAAUUGUCGCGAUCAGAUUUCGAGUCUGACAAGAAAGAUCAAAAAACCAUUCCAAGGGACUAUGCUGGAGCUGGAUCGAGAAAUACGAUUAUUUUGUGAGAAAAUGACGGAGAAACGUUUGGAGAAACAGGAGCUCGAGGACAAACUUGCAUCGUUGGUCGGUCAGGAGAAGAAACUCCAGUUGACACUGGCGGAAUUGGACCGCAAGGGUUGCACCUUGAUUCAACAGCGACAGAAGGAGCAAGAGAACACUGCCGAGAGAGCUGAAAAAAUGCGCAAACUAUGUGGAAACAUGAGUAUUCAGCUGGAUUUUGAUCUUGAAGAAGCCCUCGAGAGGGUUCCCGAGGUCUUGAAUCAGAUUAAAACAGCGCUGCAGAGUGAAGAAAAGAAAAUCAAAGAGCUCCAAGUUGGACAUGACAAAGUCGAUCACGAAAAGCAGCAGCAAAUCGAUGAACUGCGAGUCACAAAAGCGAAGAUUGAGAGUGACAUCGAGGCGAAGCGAAAACAGAAAGACCAAAACGAAAAGGAUGUUCGGAAAAUAGAAAAAGAAGUCACCGAUGUCGAAGCCUCGACCCACAUGCUGAAAAAAAUCACCGAGAAAAUCGACCAAGUCACCGAGUGCUACAAUAAGGCCUCAGAAAAAAUAAACCAAGAAGAUUUGAAGAAAACCAUCGCCGACCGCAAAACCAAUGUGGCUCGGUUGCAGGAACGUUUUCGCACGCUCGACAAUCUGUUAACGUUCCUCAAUUCCAUCGCUAAACUUAUGGCUGAGAUAAAUCUGAAGGAAAAAGAGCUCGAAAAGAAAGAACAAGAAGUUCGUCGGGUGCGAAGCAAACACAGUGAUAAUUUCAAGAAACUCCUCCAAGAGCCCAUCGAGGCGAAUUAUAAGCGAACUCUGCAGCAAACUUAUGAGAAGCUUCAUCGACAAAUGAAGGAGUUGAAUGAGAAGAUAAAUAAGUUGAAAAUGAAGGAGCAGAGUUUGGAGAUCAAGCGAAAGACGCAGAAGGAUGAGCUCACUCGAUGGGAGAAAGAGGUGGCCGAUGGUAAGGAUAGCAUUUAUGAGAAAUGUCAUGCUACUCCGUAUGAGGAGUUGCUGGCCAAAUGCAAGGAAACUAUUGCCAAGUUGCAACUGGAUCAUGGAGCGCUUAGGUCAUCGGAAGCGAUGUACAAGAGGUACAUUAAAAAAAUUGAGGAGGAUCCACAUUGUCCUUUGUGUCACAAUGAAAUGGCGGAAAAUGAGGCCAACACCCUAACCUCGGAGCUCUCCGAUGAGAUCCGUCGUCUGCCGGACAACAUCAAUCGAACGGAGAAACUUCUCAAGAUCGAACAGAAGAAAUAUGAGUCUCUUAUUGCACUGCGUCCUGUCAUCGAGAAGGUAGAACGUCUCGAGAAAGACAUUCCCACUCGGAAGGCUGAGUUGAAAAAGUUGGAAGAGAAUCUCGGAGAAGUUGCCAAUGAGGCAGAGUCCUGUCAAAUGCUUCAAAUCGAACCAAGUGCUAAUUUGGAUCUUGUCAAUUCGAUGUUGGGCGAUAUGAGUCUUCUAGAUGAAGCUAUAAAAGAAGUGGCACGUCUUCAAGGCGAAUUGACCAAAUUAAAGGCUAAAUUACCAGAAGGUGGACCAAAUGCUUCGACCGAAGAUGUUCAAUUGGAAAAGACUACAGUUUCGGCAGAGUUAGAAAGCGAACGGAGUAUUCUCGAAAAGAAUCAGAUUGACUAUGAGAAGGGAAAUGAUACCUUAAACGCUUUGCGGGAAGAGCGAAAUAAAUUGAAGGACAAACAAAUCAAGCUCCAAGAAGGUGUUCAGUCUCUACCCCAGCUGAAGGAACGUCAAGUGGAACUGAGGAAACAAAUCGACGCCAAUGCCAUUGAAAUGACGAAACUUCAACAACAAUUGCAACCUCUUAGGCAAAAGCUCACAGAUUCAAUUGAAGAGAAACAAAAGUUGAAGGAUUCCAAUCGAAAAAUGGUCCUUCAGAUGCAAGGGAAAUUAGAUUCCAUGAAGAAUGUGGAUCAUGACAUUCAGAGACUCAAUCGUGAAUUAGUUGAACUUGGUAAACUUAAUCUUGCUGAAGAAAUUGAGAGGCUUAAAAAUUCAAAAAAUCGUUAUAAGGAGGAAUCUACAGCAAAGACAAAAGAAAUAACAAAAACAUCGCAAACCCUGGAAACAGUGAAGAUCGAAGUUCACAAUCAAGACGCAUUGGAACGUGAUCUCAAUGAUAAUCGUGAAUUGAAGGAACUUCAACAGAAGGCUGCCAAAUUGGAUGACGAGCAAAAGGAUCUUGUGAAAACUUUGGGCGAUUUGGAUUUCCGUCGAGUGACAAAGGAAAAGGAAGAACUGAUCAAGAAACGUGAUCAGGCCACAGUUCGGAAGGGUGAACUGCUUGGACAGAUGGGUGAGAUCAAUAAUCAGAUCAAUAAGUUGAAGCGGGAGAUUGAGGAGCCUAAUUUGAAGGACUCCGUUCAGAAACAUCGACGAAGUCUCUACGAAGUGGUUGUCCUCAAGAAGGUCAUUGCCGAUUUGGGUCAAUACAGACUCGCCCUAGAAUGGGCUCUCAUGAAGUUCCAUUCGGAGAAAAUGCAGAAAAUCAACAGUCUCAUUCGUGAGUAUUGGCGUCAGAUCUAUAAGGGAAACGACAUCGAUUACAUCCAGAUCCAAACUGAUGAGAAUAAGGCCUCGGAGACAUCGGCGGAUCGUAAGCGGAGCUACAACUACCGCGUGAUUCAGUCGAAAAAUAACUCCGAGAUUGAAAUGCGAGGGCGAUGCAGUGCUGGGCAAAGGGUCCUGGCUUGUUUGAUCAUUCGAAUGGCACUGGCCGAGACUUUCAGUUGUAAUUGUGGAGUUCUGGCUUUGGACGAACCGACCACUAAUUUAGAUCAGACGAAUAUUUUAUCGCUUUGUGAGGCUCUCAAUAGAAUUGUUGAGGAGAGACAGACGCAAAGUAAUUUUAUGUUGAUUAUUAUCACCCACGAUGAAGGAUUUAUAUCGCGGUUGGGCAGGAUCAAAACUUAUCAUCGUGUUUCCAGGAAUAUGUAUGGCAAAUCAGUGAUAGCUAAACAUAGAGUCAACUAAGUGGAAUUUCUGUGUUGUUUGUUUGUUUUCAUUCCAUUUUUUGAAGUUUCGUUUAUAUAUUUUUUAAUUGUCUUUUGAAGUUUUUGUUAACUUAUUAUAUUUAAUGUUUUUCCUACGUUGUAAUUAAUAAAUAAGAAUGUAAAUGUUUUCACGUUAAUUCUGGUCUACAAAUAAAAGUUACUAUU